AUGCCCAGGCUCGGCACCGCCACCUGCUUACCGAGUAUUACCUGCGCCAGCACUUCCUCUGCCGACAACUGGGGCUGGAACCUCCCGGCAAGCCGGAGUCCCUAUUACCGCCUCAACCCGCGGACGAAGGAGAAGAGAAUACCAGCCAACCUCGCUGGCGAAAGUCCUCCGGCGCAAGCCCCAGACCACCCUGACCCAGGAUCCACCGGCUCGGCCCAGCACAUAGUGGGUCGCCACUCCUUCAGUGUAGUCACCAGCGUGGUAUGGAAGACCAGUUCCUCUGCGGUGAUGCGAGUCGUACAACCGGUGGGGGCACGCGUCAUCCAGCCAGUUGGCGCCAGGUUGGUAACUAUUGCCCCGCGCUUCGCCACUGCGGGCGGAGGCGCGGCGUCCACCGGCGGGUCCCUUGCCGGCUCCAGCGCGGCUCGCAUAGCAAUCGGCAGCUUCUCGGUUGUUGGUAUCGUUAUCGGCCCUGCACUAGCCGCGUGGACGGUGACCAGCGAAAUCCGCAAGAUCAGAAGGGCGCGCCGGGACUUGGGGAACGUGCUUUCCCAACAGAACAGGGAACUCGCCGGCUUCAGGGUGCGUGGCCGCAGGCUGGAAUCCCUGUACGCCGAGGCCACCGACCUCAAAGUGGAACCAAGAGCACUGGUCGGCAGCGUACGUUAG